CUGCUUUACUGGGGUACUGACAUGUCACUUUGAAAUCUCUUAGAAAGUGCCUACCAAACAUUCAACUGUUAUGUACUAGUCAGCCAGGGAAAAUAUUUCAAGUUUGUUUGCAGGAAGCUAUCGAUGAGUAUCUGAUCAUGGUCUCAGUAAACCCAAUCGUGCACAAAAUCCUAAAUUACGUUCCAUUUGUCCUUGUUUUGAUUGACCUGCGAUACGAAGGCGUCAGAUGUGGGAAAACUGUGGAUGUUGAAAAUCACCUGGAGAUGGGGAAGAAACUCCUAGCUGCGGGACAGCUGGCUGAUGCACUGUCGCACUUCCAUGCAGCCAUAGAUGGAGAUCCAAAGAAUUACAUGGCGUACUAUAGAAGAGCUACCGUAUACUUUGCGAUGGGAAAAUCCAAAUCAGCAUUGCCGGAUUUAAGCAAAGUUAUUGAACUCAAGCCUGAUUUCACAGCAGCAGUACUUCAGAGAGGAAACCUCCUGUUGAAGCAGGGGAAGCUUGAUGAAGCAGAGACAGACUUUAAAAAAGUGCUCAAAUCAAAUCCCAGUGACAAAGAUGAGAAAGAAGCCCAAAGCCAGCUGACCAAAUCAGACGAGAUCCAGAGGCUAGUGGUCCAGGCUCGUGCUCACUUUGAUGACCGAGAUUAUAACACUGCAGUGCUCUAUUUGGAUACAAUAAUUGAGACAUGCACCUGGGAUGUGGAUGCACGAGACAUGCGAGCUGAAUGCUUCAUCCAGACGGGCGAGAUGGCAAAGGCCAUCACUGACCUAAAGGCCACCUCCAAGCUGAGGAGUGACAACACACAGGCCUUCUACAAGCUCAGUAAAAUCUACUACCACCUGGGAGACCACGAGACUUCUCUCGAUACGAUACGCGAGUGUCUGAAGCUGGAUCCAGACCACAAACAGUGCUUCAGUCAUUACAAGCAGGUGAAGAAGUUAAGCAAACAGAUUCAGGCUGCAGAAGAGCUCAUCCAGGAAGAGAGAUAUGGGGAUGCUGUCAGUAAGUAUGAGACUGUAAUGAAGACUGAACCAAACGUGCCUCAGUACAUUCAGCAAGCCAAGGAGCGCAUCUGCCACAGCUUGUCCAAGGACCAGCAAGGUGCCCGAGCCAUCCAGGUGUGCAGUGAAGCCUUAGAGUCAGAGUCCAACAAUGUGAAUGUCCUGAAGGACCGAGCAGAGGCCUUCCUGCUGGAGGAGCAGUAUGAAGAAGCCAUUAAAGACUUUGAGAGCGCCAAGGAGCACAGCGAGAAUGAUCGCCAGAUAAAGGAAGGACUGGAGCGAGCCCAGCGACUGCUGAAGCAGUCCCAGAAGAGGGACUAUUACAAGAUUCUAGGAGUUAAGAGGACGGCUCAGAAGAGGGAAAUUAUAAAGGCCUACAGGAAGUUGGCUCAGCAGUGGCACCCAGAUAACUUCCAGGACCCCGAGGACAAGAAGAAGGCUGAGAAGAAGUUCAUUGACAUUGCACAGGCCAAAGAGGUGCUCACUGAUCCAGAGAUGAGAAGUAAGUUUGACCAGGGGGAGGAUCCCAUGGACCCAGAGAGCCAGCAGGGCGGUCACCAUGGCCAGCACUUCCACGGGGGCUUCAACCCCUUCCAGGGCUUCAAUCCUUUCGGUUCUGGACAAUUCAACUUUAAGUUCAGCCAUAACUGAGAAGCACCGGAAUGAUGCCUGACCAACCAGUGACCUGCUUCAGGUCAUCAUCCAAAUAUGGGGUCAACUCCCAAUGUGGCCAAACUAACUAGGAUCAAACCUCCAUGCCUUUCCACUCUACAGGAUCAUCUGAGAUCACCAGCGCUGUGUGUGUUUGUGUGUUCCUGCACUUAUGUCUGAAUGAUAACAAGGAGACUGAGUACAGUACAUCUGUACUGUGAGUGACCUCAGCUCGGGAAUACAACCUACUUAAUGCGUGCAUGAAUACUUGAAGCAUCUCCUUUCUUCAGGGAUCUCAGUCUUGAGACAUUUUGACCAAUUCCAAAAACAACCACUGCAUCUUUUUGUAGUGUGAUGUGUCAAAAAAUACAAUUGUCAAUUAUUCUUGGGAUUCUUGUGUACAUAGAAAAAAAAACUAUUUUUAUAUGGACUAAAUCAUUUUGAUUUGUACAUAUCUAAAAAGAAGACUAUUUAUGCCUAUUUAAUUAGUUGGCUCUGAAGGAGUCACAAUUAACAAAUGUAAUGUGAACAACUGCAGAAGAGAAUCCUCGUGAUGACAAUAAAGUUGUUCCACUCUUGA